GGACUUAGCCAAUAUGUCGACCUGCCCCAGAUCAUCGUCUGCGGCGACCAGUCAUCUGGCAAAAGCUCUACCCUCGAAGCAAUCUCCGAGAUGUCCUUCCCUGCUCAAAACAACCUCUGCACUCGGUUCGCGACAGAGCUUAUCCUGCGCCAGACGCCAACAGCAGGCGUUGACAUCCGCAUCACGCCCGGACCUGAACGGUCCGACGAAGAGAAGGUAAGGCCGAAGAAUAUUUCGUAUAAUGGGACCCUCGCCGAUCUGGAUAUCGACUAUAUUAUUGAGGAUGCAAAGAGCGCCAUGGAUCUGGAUGGAAACAGCAAGGUCUUCAGAACCAGGGUUCUGCAUCUAUCCACUUCUACCCACGCGACCCUUGAAGUAGAUAGAAUAGAUGGCUUAGUCAUCUGGACUUAG